AUGAUCGGCGGUGACGAGCCCUCUUCUUCUGAAGUCUCUGUCCUUGAUUGUCGGUUCAACACGUGGCGCGAGGCUCCGAGGAUGAGAGAGGAGAGGAGCUCUUCCGCGUCGAGCGUGAUUGAUGGGAAGAUUUACGUAGCGGGAGGGUGUGAAGAUGUCAAUUCGGAAAACUGGGUGGAGGUGUUUGAUCCAAAGAAUCAAACAUGGGGAAAUGUGACCAACCCUGGCACCGAAACACACCCAGGAGCUUCAGUGGUAAGCUUUGGAAUUGGACGAAAACUGUACAUCCUUGGUGCUGAGAAGGAGGUGGUGUACGAUCCCGAUGAAGCUAGUUGGAACCCGAUAGGAUUGGAUGCAGAUCUGGUUUGUGCAGGGUCCUUAUUUUCCGGCGUUAUAGGAGACGUCAUGUUCCUUUGGAUUGAUGGAGAUUUUAUGUGGUAUGACAGUAAGGUAAAGGUCAUGGAAGCCGUUGUAUGGAGAUAG